UUAGCUUAUGUUAUAGUUUUGAUUGAACUUGUAGCAAUUUGUCAGGUCUUCCUGAUCAUCGCAUGCCUGAUGCAAGGAAAGUGCUAAUGAUCCCCUGUUAUCACUUGAACUGAUUAGAAGAUCCAGAGUUGACUGAAGGUCUGGGUGUUGAAUCAGCAGUUCUUUCACUGUAUGAACCCAGGUAGCAAUUGUAGUAUAUAUAUCCGGGAACUUGUAUUGUAUUAGUUCAGUCAUCGACCGGCAUUUAGGACUAGCCAGUCAUUCUUGAAAUAGAUCGUCUUGAGUUAACAGUAAGACUGGCUGAGCGCGUGCUAAGGACGCAGUUACUUGUGACAUCUGGCGACGAGGAUGGCGGCAGUAUUCGGACAAAUAGCAGAGUUUGAAGAAUCAAAGGAGGAAUUGCUACUUUACGCAGAAUGGCUAGAACAAUAUACUUCGCAGUGAAUGGCAUAGACGACGCUGAUAGACAAAGAGCUAUUCUAUUAAGCGUGAUUGGAGCUCAUACGUAUCGAACUCUACGAAGUUUAGUGGUUCCGUUGAAGCCUAAAGAUAAGUCAGUCGACGAAAUACUGCAGACGUUGACAGAACAUUUUGACCCGAAGCCAUCAGUAAUAGUACAACAAUUUAGAUUUAACAGUCGAUUGUGUCAGGAAUGUGAGUCGAUCGCUAAAUUCACGGCAUAACUGCAGCGACUCAGUGAACAUUGCAAAUUUGGGGCGGUGCUUAGUGAUAUGCUAUGAGACAGAUUAGUCAUAGGAGUAAUGGAUGACCGUAUACAGCGACGGCUGUUGGCAGAAAAAGAGCUGACAUUCAAGAGGGCGUAUGAAUUAGUGAUUGCACACGAAACAGUCGAAAAGAAUACCACAGAGUUAAAGCAGAAGGAAGCAAUGAGUACACCUGGCAACUCAGAGGGAGAGUCCAUACACCAGUUACAGAAGCAGCCUGUACACCAGUUACAGAAGCAACGAGUACCCAAGGCAGGUAACAGACCGACUGACAAGAUAUCCGGGUGUUGUUAUCGCUGUGGUAAACAGGGACACAAACAGUUCGAGUGUUGGUUCAAGGAUGUCAGAUGUUUUGGUUGCGGCAAAAUUGGGCAUGCGAAAGCUGUUUGUCGCACAGUGAGAAAAAUGGCUCAGAAAGAGGACAGUGGUAGAGGUACAUACAUAAUCGGCUAUGAGGAGGUGCAGUCAGAUACAAAUGAGGAUGAGGAGGUUGAGUGGAUUGGUGGCAAUAUUCACGCAUAGCACAAAGGAAAAGAGAAGCCUAUGAAGACAACGUUGACUGUACAAGGACAGCCACUCGAGAUGGAAAUAGACACGGGAGGAAAUGUCAGUAUUGUGAGGAAAACAACAUGGAAGUCAGUCUGGAAGAAAGGUGGAGCACCACUGAAGGUUACAAAGAAGAUUUUGAAGACAUAUACUGGGGAGCCGGUACCUGUGUGUGGCAAGUUGAAAAUGUGGGUAGACACUCUGGAUGGACGC